ACCUUUUCUUUCUCAAGAAAAAAUGCAACACUUGCAUUACAAUAUCCAUUAGCUACCUAUUUCUUCUUCUUCUUCUUCUUCUUCUUCUUCUUCUUCUUUAUAAGUGAGAGACAUAAGUUUCAGUGCUCUCUUUCUCUCUCUCCAACUUACCAUGGCUAUGUGGAUUACAAGGUCAAGAAACAUUGCAUAUCAUCUAAAGACAAAGAUUAGGUUCAUGGAGAUCCUAAACCAGAGAUGUCUGAGUUCUUCCUCAUACUCUAAUCCAUUAUCUGCAGCAAAUUAUACAACUGGCAAGACUUGUAGAACAAGUACUUCACCACCAUUUUUGAGUCAUGGCUCAGCUGCCCAAUUCGUGAUUCGGCGUAUCAAAUCAGUAAAUGCUGCCAAACAAGUAGUUGAUCGUCAAGACCAGAAUCAGGCCUUGGAUUUUCUCGGUGGAAAUGUAGCAUUUACUUCCGAUCUCUCAUUCAUUUCUGAGGUUCCAGAAAAGAAGGUACAUUGUUAUCGUGUUCUCGAUGACGAUGGCUAUCCAAUUACAAGCAACAAUUUUCCACAGGUGAGCAAGGAACUUGCAGUGAAGAUGUAUAGUGACAUGGUAGCACUUCAAACCAUGGACACCAUAUUUUAUGAAGCACAGAGGCAAGGUAGAAUUUGCUUCUACGCCACUGCCACCGGAGAAGAGGCUGUCAACAUUGCUCCGGCAGCUGCACUCACUCUAGAUGAUAUUAUCUUGCCUCAGUAUCGGGAGCCUGGAGUUCUACUAUGGCGUGGUUUCACAAUGCAAGAAUUUGCCGACCAAUUAUUCACAAACAAGGCUGAUUAUGGGAAAGGGCGACAAAUGCACAUACACUAUGGGUCCAACAAGCUCAAUUGCUUCACCAUGUCGGCACCAAUUGCCACACAGCUUCCUCAAGCAGUGGGUGUAGCUUAUUCUCUCAAAAUGGAAAACAAUAAUGCUUGUGCUGUCACUUUUUGUGGGGAUGGUGGCACCAGUGAGGGAGACUUUCAUGCAGCUUUAAAUUUUGCAGCGGUUAUGGAAGCCCCUGUUGUUUUUAUAUGCCGCAACAAUGGGUGGGCUAUCAGUACGCCUUCUUCAGAACAAUUUCGAAGUGAUGGGAUAGCUGUGAAGGGUCAAGCUUAUGGAAUCCGAAGUACUCAAGUUGAUGGAAAUGAUGCUCUGGCUGUUUAUGAGGCAGUCCGCGAAGCUCGUCACAUGGCCAUUACUGAACAAAGACCCAUUUUAAUUGAGGCUCUGACUUAUAGAGUAGGACACCAUUCCACAUCUGAUGAUUCCACCAAGUACCGACCCGUUGAAGAAAUCGAAUACUGGAGAAAUGCAAAGAGCCCUGUAACCCGCUUUCGAAAAUGGGUCGAAAGAAACGGGUGGUGGUCCGAGACUGAUGAAUCCGAACUCCGAACCAAAGUCCGCCAUCAGGUAAUGCAAGCAAUACAAGUUGCAGAAAGAACAGAGAAGCCUUCACUUACUGAAAUGUUCACUGAUGUGUAUGACACUCUACCUUCAAACCUUCUUGAGCAAGAGAUGUCAAUCAGGGAAGCCAUUAAGAGACAUCCACAAGACUACCCAUUGGAUGUUCCUGUUUAAAAAAAUUAGUUAAGCUAAGAUACAUUGGCUAAGUACUUGAUACAUAUUUGAAUUGCAGCUGUAAAUGUCUGAAAUAUUCAUAAUUAUGGGUGGGAAGCUAAUAAGUAAUUGCAGCAUUUUUUAAAUCCAUUUUUAUCUGUAGUUGGCCUUUUGGUGCAUGUGUCUUCAGGCAGAAACUAGUGUUAUAAAUUUGAAUUUCAGAACUUGAGGGGCUCAGCCUCCGUUUGGGAA